AUGACAGUCAACGACCUCGCAACAAGCCUCGACAGCUCUCAAAAGGCAGACGCCACCUCAAAAGUGUUCGACAAGUCUCCCACUAGACUGUUUGCCAAUGACUCACCGAUGUACAGGAUAAUCAAGACAGCUGCAGAUGCCAGACCCUACAGGACGAACUUGACAAACUACAGGAAUGGGAAAAGAAGAUAUUUGUACCGAAGGAGUCGUUUUUCCCUUCCACGAUUGUUCUAUGGAACCGCCUCCCUCAGAGCCUCGUCACGGCCGCCAAAGUAUGAGAUUCUCCAGUGUGGUGAUGUGGAGAAACUGAUAAAGAAGCGUACACAUCCAGAGGAGUCGCCUCUUUACUAUGUUACUAUUGAGGACACAUUUGAUGUUAUCAAGCGUGCCCGCAUUGCUACUGGUCAUGGUGGUCGUGAUCGCAUGAUCAAGGAACUACAACGAAAAUAUGCGAACAUCACUACCAAGGCUCUAGAGCACUUCAAGUCACAUUGUGCGGAGUGUCAGAAAAAGAGGAAGCGUCCAAUGACCAAGGGUAUAGUGGUGCGACCUAUUCUGACCAAGGAGUUUGCAUGUAGAGGCCAGGUUGAUUUAAUAGACAUGCAGGCUAUUGCACACUCCAACUACAAGUGGAUCAUGGUUUACCAGGACCACCUGAACAAAUUUUGUGUCAUCCGACCACUCACCACCAAGCGUGCCUCAGAGGUUGCCUUCCAGCUCAUGGACAUAUUCCGCCUCAUGGGAGCUCCUGUCAUUCUCCGGAGUGACAAUGGUUCAGAGUUUACAUCCCAUGUGAUCACAGAGCUGAAGGAGGUGUGGCCAACCCUUAAGCUUGUACAUGGCAAACCCCGUCAUCCACAUAUACAAGGUUCUGUAUAA